AUGGUCGCCGCCGGGGAGACGCCUCCCAACCCUUCCGCAACCACCUGCCGCGCCGAGCCGGCGCCGUCGCGCAAGAUACGCCUCCGCAUCAAACCCAUCAGAGUCGCGGCGCUGGAGCCGGGGGAGGACGCCGGCAGGGUAGCCGAGCGGCGGCGGGUCCGCGAGAAGGGGGAGCUCUCCACCAGCACCACCGAGCGCCGCCGCGAAGGUGAGGAGGGCAACGGCGCUAGCAAGGAUGAGGAGGCGAGCGAGACGGAGGAGAGCGUGUCUUGCAUCAGUACAACCACAUCACCGGAGGCGGCGGCGUCGUGCAAGAAGGAAGAGACGACCCUGCCGGGUGCCCACGCUGCCGUCCGCGACGACGCCCCGUGCGAUCAAGAACCGCAAGACCGGCGAGAGGAGGCAGCAGAAGGACUCCAAGAACGUGCAAGAACGAGAAGCUCGCUCACGCCAUCAGCAACCACCUGCCUCGCUGAGCCGGCGCCAUCGCGCAAGAUACGCAUCCGCAUCAAACCCUUCAGAGUCGCGGCGGGUCCGGGGGAGGACGCCGGCAGGGUGGCCGAGCGGCGGCGGGCCUGCGAGAAGGAGCCGCUCUCCGCCAGCACCACCAAGUGCCGCAGCGAAGGCGAGGAGGGCUCCGGCGCUAGCAAGGAGGAGGAGGCGAGCGAGCCGGAGGCGGCGGCGUGCAAGAAGGAAGAGACGACCGUGGGCCGUGCCCACGCCGCCAUAAGCGACGACGACGCGACGGCGACGCCCCACACGAUCAAGAAGCGCAAGACCAGCGAGCGGAGCGAAGAGAAUGACCGCGAGGGCGCGACACAAUGCACAAGGAUGAGCAGCCCGUGCGUCCAGCCCUCACCGGCGUCGCCGCCGUCGCCGUCGCCGGCGGCGCGGCCAGAUCCCGAUGCGGCGGAGAACUCGCUGCGCGCGGCCAUCGACAAGGCCCGACCGCUCAUGCGGAGGGACGUCACGCGGCAGAGGGAGAGGGAGGCGGCGCGACGGGAGCUGGCAAAGGUGGUCAGGACCGUCGAGUUCAACGAUCCUUACAUCUCACCCCAGGACGUGUUCAAGCCCUGA